CUCACUUUCACUACAGUAACGUCUCCUAUCGUCGAGUAUCACUUUGUAUCUUACCUUCUAAUUCUGCUAAGGCUCAGACUCAAGGCAGGAGUGAGGUCAAGACCACCGCAAAUCCUCGCACGAACAUAUUAACUAUUUGAUUCCACACCAUGCACACGAAGAAAGUGGUAUCGCCACUUCUGUUGGCAGCUCCUGCAGCAUUGGCCCAAGAAACAGGAACCGGAUCAUGUACCGACGUGCACAUCUUCAUUGCACGAGGCUGGAACGAACCCUAUCCUGGUCGCCAUGAGAAACUGGUCAACGACAUUUGUGCAGACGUGUCUGGCUCGAGAUGCGAUUAUGAGGACAUCGUCUAUCCUGCUGCGUCCAGCGACUACUGCAAUGCAGUAUCGACGGGGAGCAACAAUGGAAAGCAACAAAUCGAAGCUUACUACGCCAAAUGUCCGGACAGCAAGCUUGUCUUGAGCGGCUACAGCCAAGGAGCCAACAUCAUUGGCGACAUCCUAACUUCUGGCAGCUGCGGAUCAAGUACUGGCCUGGACAGCGCGUCUGGUGCGAGCUGCAGUAUCGCCGCGGCACUUCUGUUUGGCGACCCGCUCCACCAGCCGAAUAAGCCGUACAACUACCUGGAUGGCAAUGCCGGUCAAGGAACAGGUGGACCACGAUCAGAAGCUUCCAACCAAAUAUUGGAUAGCUACACUCCCAGGCUCAGGUCCUACUGUGCAAAAGACGAUCUUGUUUGCGCUCCUGGCCAGGGUGCAGAUACCGUCGAAGCUCACACCAAUUACUUCGAUGUGUAUUCGCGAGAUGCCGCCUCCUGGGUCGCCGAGCUUGUGAAAUCUUUCCCGGAGGAUGGUUACUGUUCUGUCCCAAAGACCUCUUCGACCAGCAGCACUGUCACCACCAGUACUGCAGAAGUCAGCAGCGCAGCAUCAGCGUCAGCGUCAGCGAGCAUCACUUCGUCCGUUCCCGUUGCAACCCCGUCUUCUAGAUCUAGCUCUCCAUCAUGGUCGACCAGCUACGCAAACUGCACGUCCACGUCAUCAUCUCCGACAACGACUGUUGCUGGCAAGCCUGCAGUUGUCAUCUCCACCACUGAAGUCGCCACGACAACACUCUGGAACUUCCCUACCCUUGUUAUCACCAAGGCCUCUCCAGUGGCGACUUCCUAUAUUGGCAGUGUCGGGUGGAGCAACGGAACUGCGCCAACUGGAACAGGCGCUGGAUCUUGGACGUCGAGCACAUCCGCGCCCAGUGCCACUCCUUACACUGGUGGUGCAAGCGGCGUGCAAGCUCUUGGUUGGGCUGCUGGCGCCGUGGCUGCUGUCACUUUGAUGAUACUUUAGGGCUAUGGUGUCUGGUAACGAAGAUAAUGUAUAGAUGUUAAGCCGGCAGAGAGGUGCUGCGGGGCCGAACAGGGCUG